UCUGUAGUGCAUUUGAGAGAGAGAAUUAUAUCUCUUGCUGCUUGAUAUUCAUGUUGCUUGAUACUAUUAGAAGCUUGCACCAAGGAACGUAGAAUCCUUGGUUCCCACUGUCAUCCACUAUCUGUGCUUAUUUCGAUCCUGAGGUUGAAUAGUGCUGGUCUGAUGCUGUGCCCAAGGAUGACCCGUGUGACUGUGUGGCUUACAGCAGCAGCAGUGGUGUGUGGUCUGGCUCAGGCUUUGUCAGAAUGGAGUAUACCAGAUUGCUCUCCUGACACCACCAGUUGCUAUGCAAACAGAAGUGAGCCUGCUUGUAGUGGUAGAGGUGUCUGUGUUUGUGGCCAUUGCACCUGCAAUGAACGAGAGAACUAUGAUGAAAGAGUCAGUGGUCCUUUCUGUGAGUGUACCAACUUUCUGUGUGACCGCUUCAAUGGACAGCUUUGUGGUGGCCCGGCCCAUGGCACAUGUGUGUGUAACAAGUGUGUAUGCAACCCAGGAUGGACUGGACAUGACUGCAUGUGUGAGCAGAGCAAGGAGAACUGCUUCAACCCGGAAAGUGGAGUGGAGUGUUCAGGUCAUGGAGCUUGUGAGUGCAACCAGUGCAAAUGUUAUGAGUCUCAAGAUGGAAGGUACAGUGGCAGGUAUUGUGAGGAUUGCCCUACCUGCAAAGGGCAUUGUGCCUCCUACAAAGAGUGUGUGCAGUGCCAGGUGUUCCGGACAGGGAAAUAUACAGAUGAGCAGUGCAUGACCCACUGCACCAUGUUCAAUGCCACAGUAGUCAGCAACUUGGUUGAGGAGGAAGGGGAUAAGCUGUGCUCCUACUUUGAUGAAAAUGACUGUCGCUUCACGUUUGUGUAUCGCUUUGAUGAAAACCGCCAUCCAUUGGUGUAUGUCUUAAGCACCCUACAGUGUCCCCCACCCAAAGGAACAGAAAUAUUGCACCAGACAUCUCUAUCUCACUCUGCAUCCUCCUCUGUUAGUGUAGUAAUGGCACUCCUCUCCCUUAUCCCACUCAUCAGGUAGAUCUGAUAAUGUAACCUUUUGAGUGUCAAGUGCCUUGGUAUGUUGUAGUGUAUUUUUAGCAUCGAGAAACCUUAGUGAUGAAGAACCUGGUACAAAAUAAUGUAGAAACAAGGUGAUAUAACAUGGCUGUGCUGGUCCAUUUUUCUGACAGGUGCCAACCAGGUGUAUGUGUGUGUGUGUGUUUUAUGUAAGUCCCUUUUCUGAGACUGGCAUCUAAGUGGGCCUUUUUUUUUAUUGGAUUUUUGUUGUCCUUGGCCAUUGUCCCUCCUACAUUAAAAAGAAAAAGAAAAGGGUGCUGGCCUAAGGCAACAAAAAGAAAGAACAAUAAGUUCUACUGAGGUUCCAGUCCCUAAAGAAAAAGUCAAAAGGAUUAUCAAAAAUUGUGUGUAUAUGUACUUUCACUGUGUACUGUCUUUCCAUACUGCAUUUGUUUGAAUGAGUGUGGCUGUGGUGGCUGUGUCAGGGCCACAUCCCAGCCUCACACCUGUUACCUGUGCACUACUUUUCACCCAUCAGGUAAUGCACAGUGAUAUGAAAGUCCAGGUGGAUAUGUUAUGUCUUAUGGUGUGUUAUGAUAAUAUAUACCAGGGUAGGUGAAUGGCUCCAUCAAGUUAAGGGAAGAGUAAUUAUUGUAUACAGGGAAUCUUCCGAUCUUUUCUCACCUAUGAGCUCUUUGAGUGUUUGAGUAUCACUAAAAACCUUGUCUUUAGGGAUCCUAGAAGACACUGGUCACAGAAAAGACUUUAUCAAAGAAAUCAAACACAGGUAGGAAAGCAGGUUUGUGUACAAACAUCACUGAAAGCUGUCAACACUUGGAGUGAAGGGUGAAAUCAUAUGAUUAUAUCCAUAUCUUUAGUUUAUUUUUAGUUACCCAAGGUGCUUCAGUAAGUUUUAUUGUAGUCAUUCUGUAUGUUGAUGUAUAAUCCAUAUAAUUUUUUAGAGAAUUACAGGAUUUAUAUUGUAAGCACUAAUUAAUUACAGUUAGUUUAUAAAGCUUUACUAAUCUUAAAGUGGAGCCUGUCAUGGGAGAAAAUAAAUACUCAUAUGUUCACGGACACAACAGCAGCAGGAAAGGAGACACUCCAUAGGAUGUCCAGCUAAUUUUUCUACUGCCUCUUUUCUCAUGGCAUUAGUUCCUCUGCACUGUACUUCACUAAAGCAAUAGAUUAUGUGGGUCAUAAGGAAAUGGGUCACAUAUGAUAGUGUUGCAUAAAUAAACUGUAAUGGUAAUGAUAAUCAUUUAGAGGAGAAGUUACACUUAAGUGGGAAUACUGUUUAAGGGCACACAGACAGGCACUGGGAAAGUGAGAGAGCCAUUAGAUCUCACUGACAAUCUCAGGACUAGAGAGGCCCAGACCAGAGAGACACCUCAGCUCACCAGAUUACUGUUCAUAAGUAAAGCUUAAGUUUGCUGUGCAGUCUGUCACUGCUUUUAUUGGUGAUGUUAUAUAGACAGGAGGACUUUAUACAUGUGUUUAUUAUUAUGGGAUUUAUUACAUUCUUGUGUAAUAUUGUGGUGAGACAGAAAAGGGUUUCAUGUUAGUUGGUGCUGAAUGCCUGAUGUAGAGUGAUAAUUGUUGAAAUCUCAAGAGAAUAUUGAAGUUUAUUCUAUUUUGCAAAUGAAAUGAAAAUUAUGUAAUGUUGAAUAUUGGGAAUAAGCUGAUGUACCUAGUUUUAAUUAAAUAAAGAUUGAAAUUCA